AUAAUAGGGACGGUGUUUAGACAGACGUUGUCGCCAAGUGGGGUUCUGGACGUCCAUAAAUAUCCCCCAUCCGUCGACGUCUCUCACAUUCUUCCUUCUUUCAACAACCACAAGCUUGCCUACUAAAGCCUUUUGCUUCGAAGCAGUCGCCGAACUCAUCUUUCUGACAAUUUUGUCAACCAAAUCCUUCCCAGCCGACCUCAUCUCACUCAGCCGUCAAAAUGCCUCCCAAAGCCAACCAGGACGUUGCCGGUCAGAUGAACUUCCUCUUGACUUGCAUCAAGCACUCGACCAAUGGCAAGAUCAACUGGACUGAAGUUGCCGAGGAGCUCAGCAUCGUAUCCAAGGCCGCAGCUGCCAAACGCUACGAGCGCCUCCUCAAAGCGCACGACAUCCAGCCGCCCAAGAACUACGGCUCCUUGACCGAUGAUGUGGGCGCCAGCGGCGCGAGCAGCCCGGCCAAGGCCAAGACUCCUCGGGCUCCCCGCAGCACUAAGCGCAAGAGGGCCACUGCAACCGUCAACUACAACGAGGAUUCCGGCAAUGAGGAAGGUUCCGGUGACAACCGUGAGCCCUUCACGUACAAGGCGGAACCGGAGGAUUCCGAUGACGACGAGAAGCAACGCCCGCUGAAGAAGGAGAAGACUACUCCUGAGAUGCAGACCAAGCAGGAGGAGGAGGAUGAUGGUGAGUCUGACUACUUUUCUUGUUGCUCUGACGAUGUCGACCUUUUGGAUGAAGAAGAUGCAGCAUACGGGUGGGAAGGCAAAGGAUAUGAUGUGCUAAUGGAUGUUGUUGGGAGGAUAGAGGGAGAAGACAACUACAAGUAUGAGGGUGAAAUCUGAGCAUCCCACAUACAACCGAUCAGCCACUGGGGCAGAGACCAAUGACGCCAAAAUGCGGAGGAAAAUGGUAGUUCGUGUUGAUACAGUGCGGUGAAGAAUCUGGAUGGUGUUUGAGCAUGGAGUUGGGGCUUUUGUAGUGUGCUUUUGCUCUUUGCUCUGUUCCAGUCCAUCGAAGGUACUAUGUUCAUGGCAGGUUUUACUUUGUGCAUCAGGACAGGCGGUGAUGAGGUUUGGGCAGGUUGAUGGUAAUGGAUGC